AUGAGCGCCCCUCCUCUGGCCAAGGUUCGUUUUUUUUUUCUUCAAAAAAAAAAGUUCGGACAUUGAUAUUUAUUUUAUUUAUUUCACUAUAGAUCCUACAUUACUCCUAAAAAAAUUUAAGCUAUUUGAAAAAAAUUGGAUUUAUUUAAAAAAAUUAUUAAAACGAAUAUGCUUGUUUGGAUCCUAGAAAAGUAUAAAAUAACGGUUUUUUUGUUCAAAAAGGACAUUUUUUUGCUCUAAAAAAAUUGGAAUUUUUCUCUAUUUUUUCUUUAAUUUUUUUCAAGUUUUUUUGAAAGUUUUUUUAAUAUUUUUAAUUGUUAAUUUUUAAGAUUGAAUCAACGAAAAAGUGGAAGAAAAUAGUUUCAAAAAAAUACUUUUUUUCUGAACAAAUUAUGAGCUGGAAACUGAAAAAAGUCGAAUUUUUAUAUUUUUUCAAAGCUUCUAUCACUUUUAAAACUUUCAAUGAUGUUCAACAGAAAAAUUCAUCCCGUUUACAAAUUUUCAACUUUUUUGAACCUUGCUAGUCCCUUUUUUUACACAAAUCAGCUCAAAAACCUUCAAAAAAUCAGGAAUUUUCGGAUGGAAAUAAAAAAAAAUUAUUUUUUUUUCCCCAACUUCUUAGAAGGAAAAAAUAAUAAUUUUCAGUUGGAUGUGCUGGCGAAGCGGCUGCUCGAGGGAGCCCAGCUCAAAACGCACAAAUAUUUCCGAAUCGCCGUCCCCCAUGCACUGACCGGCCAAAGUUUGGUGGCUCUCGUCGCCGAGAAGGUUGGAUUUUCAGAAAAUUCAUUAAAAGUUUUGGAAAUUCUUUCAAAACAUUAAUAUUUGCUUUUUUUGAUUUCAGCUGUUUUAUGUAUUUCAUUCAUGCGUUCAUGUACUGUUAUUUUGUUAUUUCACUCCUUUUUUUCCUAUUAUUUCACGUUCUAUGGUGUGUAAUUGAAAGUCGCAAUGGGUUCCCAUAAACUUUGUAUUUUACUAUUUUAUUUUUUUUCCUGAUAAGGUGACUUUUUUAGGCUGCCGGUUGACUUUUCAUGAAACUUGGCUCAAGUGCUCUUAAAAAUUUUGAAUUAGGAUAAAGUUUUCGAAUUUCGAUGCCGUUUUUCUAAUUUUCCUGCAGUUCUUCUAACUUUGGCUUUUGGCUCAAAACUGGCUUUUGUCUCUAUUUUUGAUGAUUUUUUCAAGAUUUUCUAACUUUCCUCCAUUUUUAGCAAACCAAUUUGCGCUAUAAAGCUGAUUUUUCGCGUUAUUUUUUCAGGAAUCUCUAUGUUUUUUUCUAAAUUUUCGCCUUUUUUCCCAUCAGAAGCUCAUUUUUCACUUCAAUUUUCAAUGACUCUCUCUAAAUUUUAGGAGUUUUCACGAUUUUUAACAGUAAAGCUGGUUUUCCACGUCAUUUUCUGACGACUCUCUAUAUUUUCUGAUUUUUUACGAUUCGAAGCUCAAAAGCUGAUUUUUGACCUUCAAUUUGUGAUGACGCUCUACAGAUUUUCUAACUUUCCGCGAUUUUUAGCACUAAAGAAAAUUUUUCCGUUUCUUUUUCACGAUUUCUCGUUAAAAAGCUAGUUUUUCGCUUCAAUAUCCGAUUUUGUUCCUAGAUUUUUUAAGUUUUUCAAUUUUCAGCUCCUAUUUUCCCUCGGAAAACAAGACUCUCUUUAGAUUCUGAUUUUUAUGAUUUUUUGCAAGUUUCCACCUCAAGAGUUGAUACUUUUUAAUUUUCCAUCUUUUUUCAUUAGACAUUCUGAGAUUCUUGGCUUCUCCAGGGGUACGCAGAAGACGAGGCGGAAGCCGUGCACAUGGCGUCGCUCCUCCUGCAGCACGGCUACCUGUUCCCCGUGAUCGAACACGCGUCGACGGUCCGCGACGACGGAACCCUCUACCGUCUCCAGAGACCCUACUUCUGGCCCUCCCACGCCACCCACACCGACAACGUCGAGUAUGGUACGCGAUUUAGGGCUUUUUUGAAAUUCUAGUUUAAAAGGGUUGAAAAAAAGGUACAAGAAACUUGUGGCUCUCAAUUUGCUUAAUAAAUUCCGGAUUUCGGUCAUUUUUGCCGGAUUUUUUUUUUAAAAUAUUAACUUCAGUUGAGAAUCUUUAAUUGAAGGCAAUACAAAGUUGUUGAAAGUCUUUUAAAGGCUAUUAUCGUGAAAAUUCUAAAAUUCAGGAGCUUCUGAAUUUAGCGGCUUUUUUUCAAUAUUCAAGCAAGUUUUAGUGGAAAAAAACCGAUUAAAAAGGGUCUUUAUUAUGAAAAAAGUUACUUCUGAAAGGAUUUUUUGUCAAUAACUACAGUUUCAAAAAAAUUUCUAUUUUUUUCAUUUUUCAUAUAUUUUUCGAUUCACCUCCUUCUAAUUUUUAAAAAAAUACAUUUAAAUUUUUUUAAAAUCCUCUAUUUUUUUCUUGCUUUCUUGAGAAGAGGCAGUGGAAAAUCGCUAAAAAAAUUCGUUUUUUUCGUCCCUAGGCUUCAUAGUGUUUUUCCUAAUUGUUCUAAAAACCGUAAAAUAAUUGAUUUCUCGUCAUUUUUUUUUGCAUUUCCAGCCAUCUACCUAAACAAGAGACUACUACGGAAUGAACAAAAAAACACGGUCUUGAAGAGGAAGAAGUCGAGGCUUACAAUCGGUAUUUUUUUAUUCAUUUUUGUGUUAUUUCUAUGUUUUUAGCAAUGUUCAUAUCAAAUAUCUUGUCUUAUCUAUCUGAAUAUCGAAUUUAAGAUACAAAUAAUCAGUUUAUACAUUUAAAAAGUGAUAUAUUUCUUUAGAUUGGCUGAACUUUUGGCCCACAUGUGGGGCUUCAUCACGCAACAGGCCGAGAUGCAAUUGAAGCACCAGAAAGAGAAGAAAAAGGCGGAUAAGGUUGGUCUCGAAGCUGGUUUAAAGGCGCAUGGGCGUAUUUAAUAAAAGUCUCGCGGCGAAAAGCCUUUUUUUUUUGUUCUAAUUGAGCUUUCUGAAGACUUUCGGACCCUCAAGCAAGGAUUUUUGACGAAAAAUAUAAAGUUUUGUUCGAAAUCCUCAACUUGAGAACGCCAGAGGGGCCCCUAUAGGGGUUAGGGAAAAAAAAAUCAAUUUAAAAGACAAAAAAGUGGUUCCUAUAGGGGUAAAGUUUGGUGGUUCUUGUAGGGAUUCAGGGUAUGAUACCGAAGCCCCUUAAGGGGUCUUUUGAGUUUUUUUCUGUUUUUCAAAUUGAAAAGACGUAUAGGGAUCACUAGAGUGGCCACUUCUGCAAGCUUUGCUCUUUCAUUGGGAAAUUUAAAAAGCCCCUACAGAGGAAACUCCAAGGGACCCCUGUAGAGGUCACUUUGCCGUUUCUAAGAAGAGCUAAAACGAAAAUUAUUUUUCAAGUUUUAGUCGCCGAACUGAAAAUUAUGAAAUUUGAAAAAAGAAGUGGUCAAAUUGGCAUUUUCCUGUUAGGAAUUUCGGUUUAAAUAUUUAAUUCUGGCUAUUUUCAUUUGAGCCUAAUUUUCUAACAUAUUCAUUUUCUUUUAUCCGUUAAUACAACUUUAAAAGAUAGAGAUAAAUAAGAAAUAAUGGGGGCCACUAGAGUGACCACUUCUGCAAGUUUACCCUUCUAUUUGGGGAGUUUAAGUAAUUCCUAGAGAGGAAACUCCAAGGGACUUUUGGAGAGAUCACUUUGCCGUUUCUAAGAAGAGGUAAAACGAAAAAUAUUUUUCAAUUUUCAUUGCGUUUCGUUUGUGUCCAUGAAACUUGAAAAUAAUAAACUAUCAAAAUUUUCCUUUUUUUUCUUCAUUUCAUGAGUAGAAUUUUAUUAUCAGAUGUUUACUCUAAUACUCAAAAUCAAUCAAAAAUUAUUUUCAGGUAGUCUAUGAUUCGGAAGAACGGGCUUUCUGGAGGAUGCGCAAACCGGGAGCCUCGAAUUCCCUCGAAGAACACGUUGGAAAGGUUUCUUUUUUGAUAUUUUCUCAAGAAAUAUAUUUUUAGAACAUUCGCGAAUAGUUUUAGUUUGAUAUUUAGCUUGAAUUAUUCUUCUCGGAACCUGUUAGAACUGAAAAAUAACUCAUUAUUACUGCAGGUUUCGUAGAAAAAAAAUGAGAAUUUUUUUUAUUUUUUGAAAAAUUAUCUGCAGUUUAUAUUUUAGUGGCCUAAUCUCUACUACUUCAUCAUAACAACAUUCAGAAAAAUUACAUUUUUAACAGGAUUUUUUAGUUUUUCAAAAGGUCAUCCAGUAUAAUUAAUAAUUUUCUUUUUCUCAAAGUUCAUAUUCUCCAGACGGAACGAAAGAUCAGAAAACCGACGACGCAAGCCUACCGAAAUUUGGUCGACCGGCUCAAAUUUUCCCUGAAAACCAAGCCCUGGCUCAAGGCCCUCAAAGCCUCCGAUACGUGAGUUUUUAUAAUAUUUUCAAAUUUUAAAAAUCAUCCUGUAGCUUUUUAUUUUUUUUUUCGGAUUAUACAAGUUUCCUGGAUUUUUUUGAAGUUUGAAAGCUUUGAAAAAAACGAAAAAUUUUUCGUACCGAUAUUUUCAAAAAAACUCAGCAACUAUGAAUGAGGUAUCUAGGAAAAAUAAUCCAUUUAAGUUUGUAGUCUAUAAAAAUUGGCUUGAAUUUUUCUGUUUCCACAGCCCUCUUCUCAUAAAAAAAAAACUAGGGUUUACAUAUUUUCACGUAAAAAUUUCGGUUUUCAAAGAUUAUUCCAAGUUACAUAGGCAAAGUCGGAAGGACCCUUCACGGGCCCUUUGAGCGUCCGUUACGGAUCCGUCUGUUUCCAUUAAUUUUUCCUGAACGGGUGGCAAAGGUUUCCUUUUUACUGCCUUUUUGCGUCCUUUUAUCGGCCUUCAUCCACCCUUUUUGGACCCUUUUGAGGAAUACGAUUUUUUUGUAAAUUAAGAAUAAUCUUUACAAGUUGCUGUGUAUGAACCACAACAUGCUAAAGUAAUAAAAUCGGAAAUCAUCAAUAGCAGAGAAUUUCAGAACCCUUUUUGCGGCCUCUCCCUUUUUUCGCCCUUUUAUGACUCUUUUUAGCCCACCAAAAAUGAAAGGCUCAAUAAAGGCCGUAAAAAGGGACCCUUUUAGCGGCCAUUUUGCAGUCACUCCCUAUUUGCACCCGUUUUCCGCACUUCCGACUUUGGCAUUGUAUCAGUUUUGAAAAAAAUGAAAUAAGCUAGAAAAUCAUAUUUCUAAUUGUUUAAAAUUUUAAUAUAAGUUUUAUUUCUUUUCACUUUUCAGAAUGGUGACUUGGGUCGACCAAAGAGUGGACUACGAUCCGUUCCUGACGGCUCCGCAACCUUCGAAUCCCUGGCUGACGGAUGACACCGGAUUCUGGACCCUGAAUACCGAUACGUACGUUUUUCUUUUUAUUUUUUGCCAAGGAUUGAAGAAAAAAUCUUGUUUUUCUAUUCAUUUGCUUUUUAAAUAUUGUAUUUCAUCGUUAUUUUUUUCCUCAAAUUUCGAGAAGCUUUUUAUAAAUACCGAUGAAUUUUUACUCAAUUUUUUUCAUAGUUCGGUGAUUUUUUUAAGAAAUAUUAUUUUUUUGUUUUUUUGGAACUUUACCCGUUUAAAAAGUAUGAACAUAAUUUUUUUAACGAAUCUCUCAAUUUUGAAUUUUUCCCUCUAUGUUAAGUUUUUCUGCACUUCUGAAGCCUUUUUUUCAUCACGAAUUUCAGAAAAGUCACGUUUUUUUCUCUUAUUUUUUUCUCAUUUUCAUGAAAUAAUUUUUCCGGAAACGUCUCUAAAAAAAUCUCUUACCCAGAGAAUUUAACUAAUUUUUAUGCUAAAAAGAAAAAAAUAAUUUUUCACUUUGAUAAAAUUUGAUUUUUUUGAAAUUUUAAAGUUUCCCCACGCCGGAGCUGUAUUAAAAUAUCAUUGAAUGCUUCAAAUCUUUAAAUAACUCAUGAGGAUCCAUUUUUUUUGUCUUUUCGCGCCAUUUCAUCGGCUGUUAUGCACCAUUUUUGCUGUCUUUUCCUUUUUCCACCAUUUCUUGAGCCUUUAAAAUCCUAGAAAAAUGGAAGGUUCGAUAAAGGGACUUUCUUGCGGCUUUCUGGGGCCUUUUUGCUGCCAUUCUGCGGCCUUUUUUGGGCCUCUCCCUCUUAGAGGCCAUUAUCCACCAUUUCGACUAUGUAUCAAGAGAAUCAAGAAUGAAAAAAUGUCUUGCAGCGUUGAAAUUCCGACGGAAAGAAGAGUGAAACGAUGGGGACUUUCAGUACAGGAACUCGUCAAAGAUCCCAUCGGGCGACAGGUUUUCAUCUUCAUUAUCCUUUUUUAAUGUUUCAAAACAAUUUCAAAAAAUAAUUUCAUCAGCUGAUUCUCAUUAGACGAAUCACAGAUAAAAGAAUGAUGCCGUGUUCAAAGUAAUUUCCGCGAAAUGCAAAAUGAUCUCUGACUCUCCAAAAUUUAGUGAUCUUUUCCUUUCUCUAACGGGUAUUUUGCAUUUCGCGGAAAUUACUUUGAACACGGCAUGAGCUUUCAUAGUUUUAUUAAAACGUAUAUUUCAUAAGCUUAUUUGUUCUUUUUUUCAUAAAAAGGGCAAGAAUUUUGCGAAUUUAAUGUAUAGUUUUUUUAAGAUUUUUUUCUAAAUUUUUUUCAUGAAAAAAAUAUUUUAUGUAAAAUAAGUAUAUUUUUUUAUUCAAUUUUUCUUUUGCUUUUUAGCUAGUUUUUUUAAAUUAAUAUUCGAGCAAAAAGCCAAAAAAAUUCAUUUUUGAGGCUUUAAAUUCCCGAUUAAGAUGAAAAUUUGCGUUCAAGAAGCCUUUGUAAAACCGAAAAUUCUAAGAAAUUGGUAUAAAAAUUGUGAAUUUGAACUUCAGCCGAUUUUUUCAUGAAAAUCAGGGAAUUAAAAAUGAAACUGGUUAAAAUUUUUGAAUAAAAAAAGUAUAUUAACAGUUUUUUUAUAAAGCAAUUGUGUGAUAUCGAAGUUCUGGAAUUUCAGAAACUUAUCAAAAAAAUCACAUUUGAAUGAAUUUGAAUGAAAAGAAAUUUUUUUGUCGGAGUAAAUCAUCCGGGAGCUGAAUACAGAGAAUAUUAGACGCAAUUUUUUUCCUUUCCUUUCCAAUCAAUAAUUCAAUUUUUUUCAGGUUCUGGAAACGUUCCUGGAGUCGGAGUUCUCCUCGGAGAAUAUUCGAUUUUUGGAUCGCGAUCCAGGAUUUGAAGUUCUCCCCAAUGAGCAGAUCAAUGGGAAAGUCGAACGGAUCCGGGAAGAGUUCCUGGCUCAGGGGCUCCCGCUCAGGUUUCUAUUUGAAUAAUGUAUUUUUUUGAAAAAAAGUAAUUUAUAUGUAUAAUUGUCUAAAAAUUACAAGAUUAUUUGGGAAUAUUUGAACGACAGGAAUUUUUCCUUCUCUCGAAAAAAAGUUCGAAAAAAAAUUUUUUUUCUCUUGUUUUUUUCAAAGGUUAGGAAAAAAAUCGGAAACAGCUUCAAAAAAAUUUUUCUUUUUGAGAAAAAAAUUCGGAACAUAAUUUUUCAGUCAAACCGCGUUUUUGAAGAACUUUUUCCCAGUUUUUUUGGUUUUUAUAAUAUAAAAAAAUUUGAUUACACAGAUCAGUUUGGAAAUCAUUUUUAUCCGAAAAAUUAUGAUAUUUUUGAGGUUUGAAAAAAACAUUUUUUUGGAUAUUUCAAAACUUCUAAAAAUACUUGAAAAAAAUUUUUUUGAGACGAAAUAUAAUCGAUUAUGCUCCCAUUUUCAUAGUCUCAAUCCCUUAUUGAGUCCAAAAAAAUUCAAAAAUGAGUGCAGAAAAAAACCUUCAAGCCAGAUUUAACCGGGAAUUUUUUUAUCAUGCUUUUUUUGAAUUUCUUGAAAAUUUUUUUUUUAAUUUUUCAAAUUUCUUCAAAAAAAUGUUAUAAAUUCGUUUGAUUCAUCAAGUAGUUUUUUACCUCCCUUGGAAGUCUUGAAAAAUUUCAUGUCAUACGAUAUCUUUCCAUUUGAUAAUAUUCUAGGUGAACGUGGAUUCCCGGACGCUGGACCAGACGCUGGACUGCCUUCGGAAGGCGACGACGCCUUCCCAACGACGGCACGCCUUCUACCACUCGGAGGAGCACGUCUUCACCCUCAUGGCCAAGGACUCCUAUCCCCGAUUCGUUAGGUCCCAGAUUUACAAGGUGAUUCAGAGUUCUAAUACCUUUUUAGAGCCGUUUUUUCAGUAAAUCAAGGAUUUUUGUCAUAUUUUGGCUUUCUAGGAGAGAACUUAGUAAAGGAUACACAAAUUGCGGAACCUGUAGAAAUACCUAGUCUCAAUUAAAGAAAAUCAUCUAAAAUUCGAAAAAAAAAAGCCAUUUUUCGACUUUUCUGUUCGAAAUAUGGUAAUUUCGAGGGUUUCACGUUUAUUUCUUGCCAAAAAAACCGUAUACCAUUGUUGUGAAUUUCGCUUCGAGACCUGUAUUUGAAUUUUUCGAAGGGUCUCGAAGCGAAAACACAAAAAAAAAAUUGAGUUUACAGAAGUUUUUCGAAAAAAUGACCGGAAAUACUGCCUGUUAAAAUUUUGAAUGUUAAUAACACUGACGUCAUUAGAAAACGCUCUCUGAUUGGUUUAUCUCGACAUUAGGGGCGGAGCUUAAGAGACGAGUUGAAGUUCAAAAUCUAACCACAGUUUAACGCUGAUUCUGACGAACCCUCUGAUUUUCAGGGAGUCCUAUCAGCGGCUCAACAACAAGGAACUCGCCGACUCGGUUGGCGCAACUUCGUCUUCAACAUGGGCGUGACGAAGAAGCCGUUGGGCAGCAAACAGCAGAAGGCCGUCCGGGAAGAGGCCGCCGCCGCGUUGCCCAAGCAGCUCAGCAGCGACUCCUUGCCCGUCCGACAGGCCCACGCCGUCAAGUUCGUUAUAGCCUAUUCCGCGCCAGCUUGUCACGUUUUUCUUCCCGCCAAAAAAGACUGUAUACCAAAUUAGAUCAAAUUUCUGCUUUCAUAACGGCAAGAAACAAAGGUCUUGAAGCGAAAGUUGGUUAAAUUUGACUUGGCUUUUUGGCGGGAAGAAAAACGUGACAAGCUGGCGCAGAAUGGCCUAUACUUAGUCUGCUUCAAGCAGCUGACUCCGCCCCCUUGGCUACAGUAUCUUUCGCGUCGAUGGUCCUUUAAUAGCGCUGAAUUUUUUUGACUUCUUUUUUUCUAUUUUUUUAGAUCAAAAGCGCUGUAAAACGAUCAGUCCAAAAAAUCUGAUCAGAAAAAAUUCUUCUUUAUAUUCACUCAAACAAAUAUAAAAUUACAAGGCUCAGAAUCUUUUAAGAAGAUUAGUUCCAUUAAAAAAAAAAUGGUUUUUUCAAAUUUUUUGAAAAUUUUCACCUCCAAUCCUAAAGUAGUCAGUGUUUCAAGAAAAAAAAAUUAUUGAACUUUUUUUUUCCAGUUUUGAUUUUUGCUUCAAACCGGUUCGAAAAAUGUUAAAUUCCAACGAAAUAUAUAGGUUCUUUCUUCCUAAAAUGACUUCAGGGAUCGAAAAAUUAGAGAAAUUAUCAUUCUCAAAAAAAGAUCGUUUUGCUCUCCUUUCUUAGAAAAGAGACCUUUUUGUCUGUAUCUUUAGAAAGGUACCUUAUAGCCUUUUGACCUCAAAAAACAAAAAUGAUUCCUUAAAAAGGCAUUCAAACAUGUUAAAAAAAAGUUUUAAAAGACUUAUCCUUACAAAAAAAAUUCAUUGAUAUAUAUCUCCGGCCCUCCUUUUUUAACUCCGAGAUAAAUAUUCGUUAUCAGGGAGCUUCAAUGCUUCUCAAACUCGCCGCCGUGUAAGCUCAUUUUCAUUUUCAAUUCCAUCUUUUUCUUUCUUUCUCACCAUUUUUUGUAGAUUCCAAUUAACUCACGCAUGUCAUAAAACCACCAAUUUUGUAGAUUUUCAUAGUUGAUUCAUUUUUUUCCAACAUGAAAUUUAAAAUCUCCAUUUUCAGGAUCGAUCCGGAAUGA